AUGAGCGGUCUACGCGCCCAUAUCGCUGGCCGCCUGCGCAGCUCAUCGCAGUCGCUCUCCGCCGUCCCUCCCCGACAAGAAUCGCCGGACUACUCUCCAGAGCUCGCCAAGUAUGCCGCCUCCAUACUCUUUCGGUCGCCCAUUCCUUCACAGGAAAAUAGACCUGUGUAUAUUCUCAAUGCCGCCGCUCUCCCUGACACGAAAGAAGAGAAUUUCGAUUCCCUCCUGCCGUACGUGCUAGCGCGGCUCCCCGAGGAGGACGAGCUGGUGAGGGGUUUCGAAUAUGAGGUCGUAUUCUUUGCUGGUGACUCGGACGGCUCCACCACCUCAAAGAAGAAUAGGCCUGGCUGGGGCUGGUUCUUGCAGGCAUACCAUGUCUUGUCGAGGGCCAUGCGCAAGCGACUACAAAAGCUAUACAUUGUGCACGAGAAGGCGUGGGUUAGGAUCCUCACCGAAGUCUUCUCCACCAUCGUCAGCCCAAAGUUCAGAAGGAAGAUCAUACAUGCAUCUGACCUGACCAACCUUGCGCUUCACAUUCCUAUCGAAGACUUGUUGAUACCUCCCUCUACCUACCUUUAUGACCGAAGGGUUUCCGAAACCAUUUAUGCUCCGUACGCAAGCGGCCGCCGAGCUUUUGGUGCCCGCCAGCCUCUGCCCAUCAGCAGCCAAGGCACACCACGGUUACCGCGAGUGUUACGAGAAACAACAGCUUUCGUUCUGGCAGAGCAAAACAUCGGGGCUGAAGGACUAUUCCGAGUACCACCACACUCCAAGCUCCGAGAUGUGCUCAAAGAGGCGUACGACAGGGGCCAGAAAUACAUUGUCUGGAAGGACAAUGGUGCCCUUUUGCAGCUUCCUCCAUACCCGCAUGCUGAACUUCAAGACGAAAUAAUCGCCGAAAUAGAUGCCAGGGAUGCCUAUUCGGCGUUCAUGGCUGCCGCACUCAUUAAGGCCUGGUAUGCAGACCUCCGUCAGCCUAUCUUUCCACAAUCGUGUUACGGUGAGCUGAAACGGCUCUACGGCAACCCUGAUGAUAUCCCUGACCUAGAGCGACUCAAGGAGCUCUUCUCACCCGUCUCGGAGUGGUCAUUUCUUCCUGCUAUCUCGCGUGAGAUCUUGACCAAACAUUUACUGCCCACUUUAAACGCAGUCGCAGCCCGGGAAGAACAGAACAAGAUGACGGCCGAAAACUUGGCGGUCUGCAUCGCUCCCGCUCUGUUACAUGGCCCGGAUCAACUUGAAGAUGCCAAGAUGUCCUCUAUUGUGAGGAGAAUAUUCACAGAAGCAAUUGAAUUAUGGUCGCAUGGGUUGCGGGAAGCUUGUGGUGAGAAUGAGGCCGCUUUCAGAGAAUCGUUGGAGUUGCCGCGGUCUCAGAGUGACUGGGAAGAUCCUCUUGAGCGGGUGAAGGGGGCAGAAGAAGGGAGGGCGUGGGACGAGAAUCAUUCCACGGGAAUCGUCCUUCAAGACAACGAAAAGCCAGCAGAGAUACCACCUGCCUUGCCACCACGUGUCGGCAUAGCAUCGGGACGGGCUCCAAACGAUAACGCCACAAAACGCAAACCCGCCCCUCCCCUUGAAGUUCCACCUCGAUAUUCUACACUCGUUACCGACAGUCCCAUAGACGCUUCUCCUGUGUCAUACGGAGCGACUACGGACGGAUUCGCACCGCGACGAGACGAACCCAACCCCAGUGCACACUUCCCCGACGAGAAGAAAUCCGGUACGAGUUCUGGCGAUUCUUAUGCUCCUCAACUCAAGCUUCCCAAGAGGAAAUCCCUGACAGCAGAGCAGAUUGAUAACGCUGACACUGCGAUUGCGCAAGUGCAUGCACGAAAAGCAUCAGAAGAGAUGGAGGUACAGACCAGAGCUCUGAGACCGUCCGAGCUAAAGGGGUCUGCUAUGCCUUUGCCAGGUCUGGCUAAUCUUUCCAUCGCAAAAUCCGGAGCGGCAGGACCAGCACCACCUGUAAAACGUAAAGCAGUCUCUGGCGCGUACACUACAUCACAAGGAUCAUCACCAACAAAUGCCACAUCCACCGUGGCGCCUUCAACAGCAUUCCCCGCUCCCUUCAAUGACUUUCGUCGACCUAGUCUACCAGCCAGCGCAAAUCGCACCCCACAAAUUAACACGCUGGCACGUCCGGUCUUUCCAACGAACCCCACCCCUAACCGCCCCCCAUCCAAAUCGACAUCGCUUCCAGUACCUGCUCCGAAGCCAAGGACUCCGUCGCCGUCGUUGUUGCAACGAAUGCCAUCUUUCGAGACUUCCAAGAAAGAGCAAAGCCUCGCACCGCCUGAUGUUCCUCGCAGGCUGAACAUGAAGAAGACCUCUGUGGACGACCUACGGCGGUUGUAUGAGGAGAGAGCUGGGACAGCGAGCGUGUUGGUGGAGGCUGGGCGGAAGCACUCAAGCUAA